CAACAAUCUUAUCAGGUUCAACUGGAAUAUACUAACCAUACCAUUGUCUUUAUUUUCUCUCUCUCAAAGACAAAAGAAUCAAGGAGAUACUAACCAUACCAUAGAACUGAAGUCAAUGUCCAAAUUUUAAUUUUAAUUAUGUAUUUUUUUUUUUUGAUUGAUUGUUGAAGAAAGAAGAAGAAGGAGAAGAAAAGAACCCAUCCUGCCUUCUCCUCUUCCACCUCAACUCCCUGAAGAAGAAGAAGAAUCAGAAUAGAAUCUGGUUCAGUUUUGACUUCUAUUUGUAUUCAAUUGAUUGGAUUCUCACUAGGAUUUUGAGAUCACCAGCUCUAUCCAGAUUUCUGUCAAGGGACUGUACUCUUCCACUGGUGACUGGAGCUUCAAAGUUUUCCUUGAUGACACUGUAAUUGUUAUGCUGGUUCGGAAUUGAUCACCCAACAUUUGCAAUAUUCAUUCUCUGAUGCACUGAGUUUUAUAAUGAUAUGAUGUACAGUGUCAUCAGGGUCUGAGUGGAUUUGAGAUUAAUGGAUCUACAAGAAUAGAUACACAGCUUGUUUUCGUGUUUCUUUGAAUUUAGCUAGACUUAUAGCAAGACAGAAGUUGGAUAGAGCAAGUGGAUAUGGAUUUACAUUUAAAGCGAUGGAUGUUGUUUUCUUUGAUUGUUUUGGUAUCAUUACAAGCUUAUUCUGUUAUAGCCGAUCCUGAGAAUGAGAUUAAACUAAGGACGAGGACUGCUCCUCAUAAGAAUUUAGGUAGUGUUGUUAUAGAUGGAACUGGUAGAGAGGAUGCCUUUCAUAAACCAGAGGUCAUGUCUAAUGACAAGAGGAAGGUUGGGAGCAGUAAAGUUUCCGUCUCCACGGUGGCAUGGCUUACUAUGGCAAUGGCUGCUGCCACAGGAUUGGGUGCUGUUCCCUUCUUUUUUGUGGAGCUUGAGCCACAAUGGGCUGGAAUAUGCAAUGGUAUGGCUGCCGGGGUAAUGUUGGCUGCAAGCUUUGACCUUAUCCAGGAAGGGCAGACCCAUGGUAGUGGCAGUUGGGUUGUCAUUGGGAUACUGGCUGGAGGUAUUUUCAUUCUUCUUUGUAAAAAGUUUCUUGAGCACCACGGGGAAGUAAGCAUGCUGGACAUAAAAGGUGCAGAUGCUAGAAAGGUUGUUCUUGUAAUCGGGAUAAUGACCCUUCAUUCUUUUGGGGAGGGGUCUGGUGUUGGAGUCUCUUUUGCUGGCUCUAAAGGUUUUUCUCAAGGUCUUUUGGUUACUUUAGCUAUAGCUGUACAUAAUAUACCAGAAGGAUUGGCUGUGAGUAUGGUUUUAGCAACAAGAGGGGUUUCUCCUCAGAACGCAAUGUUCUGGAGUGUGAUCACAUCUUUACCUCAGCCCAUUGUUGCUGUCCCCUCCUUCAUGUGUGCUGAGGCAUUUAAACAAAUUCUUCCCUUUUGUACGGGCUUCGCUGCUGGGUGCAUGAUUUGGAUGGUCAUAGCGGAGGUCCUUCCUGACGGUUUCAAGGAAGCGUCUCCUUCUCAGGUUGCAUCCGCUGCUACACUUUCGGCAGCAUUUAUGGUAGCACUCGGCACAUUGCUUGAGAAUAUCAGCAACUUAAAGGAUGCUUCUGGGUUCUUGGUUUCACUACUCUUUGGUCUUGGUCCAUUGAUUGGUGGUGUCAUUCUUGUAGCUUUUGCACUUGCUUCCAGUCUCCAGCAUGCUCUCCUCACUGGUCUGGCUACUGGCAUCGCUUUUGUUCUUGCUGCCUGGAGACCCUCGCAGCUCCUUGCAUCGUCCAAAGUUGGGUUUUUCCCCAUCUUGUUUCUACUUGCAAUGGGUUCCUCGUUCUUCCAUAUUUCAACAUCUGGUGUCCUAAAGCUUGCAGCUCGCAAGAAGAAUUCAGUGAAUGACUUAUCUACGUCAUUGGGUUUUUCGGUGAGUGCUCUGACCCUGCAGUCAUUCUUGGCUUGUGGGGCCGUAGUUUUACAUGCUUUGGCAGAGGGGCUGGCUCUUGGUGUUGCUGCACCUAAUGCCUAUGGGCUCGGCAGGCAUAUGGUACUACCUGUCUCUCUACAUGGGGUCCCUAGAGGUGCUGCCGUUGCCAGUUGUAUCUAUGGUGCAACCAACAGCUGGCGUGGAGCCCUUGCAGCUGCUGCCCUGACUGGUUUUGCCAGUCCAGCAUCGGCAAUUGGAGCAAUACUUGCAGGGAUUGAUUACAGCGGGCUUGACUACUGGAUGGCACUUGCAUGUGGGGCCCUCAUUCCCGGUUUUGGCAGCAUGUUCAAGAGAGCAGUUAAAUUAGACACGAGAAGGAGCAGUUACGGGAUGGUGAUGGGUUUAGCGUUUGCAAGCUUGUGUCUAGGGUCCACCAGGCUGGUUUGCUUGCGCACGCCUUACUGCAACUCGGCACCAGAAGCUGUCAGGUAAAGGUGGGUACUAACGCAAAGUCUCUUGUUUGUUGUGAGCUUACGGAAUGGUUAUGUGAAGGGAGGUGAGAGAAAGGAUUAGUAAGCAUUAGAAUUCCUAAUCCAGAGCGCGGAAAUUGAAGAAUUUUUUUGCUAGAUCAGAUGUGUUCAUGUAAUUAUGUAACAAAAGUGAGAAAGGAAAUCCUCAUUUGUAACAGUAGUAUUUAAGAUUUAUCAAAAUUGAAAUGUCGGAUAAUGAAUAUUCUUGAGGGUUUAUAAUGAUAUAGAUGAGAAUCAUACAUUCAGGUA